CGACUGCCGUCGGGCGGUGGAAGAGUCGAAACUCGCGCGGGAUGCGUCGUGAUCUCGCGCGCGCGGCUCUCGCCGUCGCGCGAUCGUCGAUGUCCGCGGACGCCGCGGCGACCCGCGCGCUCCCGGCCGGCGCGCGCGUCUCGACGGGAGGGCACCCCCGAUCGGCGGAAUGGCGUCGUCGACUCGGCGCGCCCGGCGCCACCGCGCGAUCGUUCGCGUCGUCCGCGCACGGGAGCUCGGGGCCCGUCGGGUGGAAGUCCUUGGCGGCGAUGUGCGCCACCGGCGGCGGUCUGCUCUGGUGGUACGACGCGGAGCGCCGCCGACGGCUCGAGUCGAUCCGCGCGGGGCCGAGCUCCGGCAAGGCUUCCAUCGGAGGCGCGUUCGGGAACAUGAAGCUGGCGAACGAGAACGGACGCGCGUGGCGCACCGACGAGCUCAAGGGUAAAUUCGCGCUCCUCUACUUCGGGUUCACGAUGUGCCCGGACAUCUGCCCCGACGAGCUCGAGAAGAUGGCGGAGUGCGUCGACCUCGUCGAGAAAGCCGGCAAGUCGAUCGUCCCCGUCUUUGUCUCCAUCGACCCGGAAAGGGACAGCGUGCGGCGCGUGAAGGAGUACGUGAAGGAGUUCCACCCGAAGCUGCUGGGGGUGACGGGCAGCGUGGAGGCGUGCAAGGCGGCCGCGAAGCAGUACAGGGUGUACUAUCACAAGACGGGCGACGAGGACGGGGACGACUACCUCGUGGACCACUCCAUCAUCAUGUACCUCGUGGACCCGGCAGGGGAAUUCGUCACCUUCUACGGCAAGAACUACGAGGCGGCGCCGAUGGCGGAGGCGAUAUUGGAGCAGAUGAAACGGGUGGGGCACUAG